AUCAAUGUGCUGGGAUGAGCAUGUGAACCCGGCGAAGUCCACCCGAAUGAUAUUCAAACCCUCCCAAUAUUAAUUGAUUAUCCUACUCACGACUUAUUGUGGUCAUCGUAAAUAAACUGAAUCUACCGACUGAAUGUCUUGGAGAAUUCUUUAAUAAAUGCUAAAGUUCUUAACUUCCAAAGUUACCCAGAUGGAAAGGGAGAGAACUAUACUUAUAUAUACGUUUGAUAUUUGAUAACAUCAUAUGACAGAAUUCGUAGAUUGUGACUCCGAUAUAGAACUGUUUGAAAUGUCAGCUGAAAACUCUGAAAAAACACUGCUUGUGAACACUAUAGAUAGGGACAAAAUAUCGUACUCAUCGGCUGAUGAUUCAGUUAAUGUGGGAAAUGAACCUGGCCACAGAAAAGUUGUUCAGCACAAAAAGAAAGAGAAGACUAAAUUAUCAGGAUUUUUAUUAUUAUUGUCAUUUUUUGCAGCUAUAGGAGGUUUUUUAUUCGGAUAUGACACCGGUGUUGUGUCAGGUGCAAUGCUCUUACUCAAAACGAACUUUGAUCUCAGUUCCUUCAGCGAGGAAGUUAUUGUUAGUGUUACAAUAGGUUCUGCAGCAGUGUUUUCCAUUUGCAGUGGUGUUCUUAAUGAAUAUUUAGGAAGAAAACUUACAAUUAUAAUUGGGAGUUUUGUGUUUACAGCUGGCGCAAUUGUUCUUGCAGUAGCCCAAAAUAUAGCAAUGCUGAUAUCAGGAAGAGCAAUCUUAGGUAUUGGAAUUGGAAUUGCUUCAAUGACAGUGCCAACUUACAUUGCUGAAUGUGCUCCAUCUGAACUGAGAGGAAGAUUAGUCACAAUAAAUAAUUUAUUUAUAACUGGUGGACAGUUCAUUGCAAGUGUACUUGAUGGUGCCUUCAGUUAUGACAAGAUAAAUGGUUGGAGAUAUAUGCUUGGAUUGGCAGGUGUACCAUCUGCAAUUCAGUUUGUUGGGUUUUUUUUUCUUCCGGAAAGUCCAAGAUGGCUGAUAAGUAAAGGUAAAGAAGUUGAGGCUAGGAAAGUUUUAUGUAAAAUCAGAGGACAUUCAAAUGUUGAGGAAGAGCUUCAGGAAAUCAUACAAAAGUUUGAAGAAGAAAGAGAAUCCACAAAUGAUAAAGCUGAAGAAUACAUUAUAGUGAGAGUGGUUAAGACACCAUCAGUGAGAAGAGCUCUUAUUUUAGGAUGUUUUUUACAAAUAUUUCAACAGCUUAGUGGUAUUAACACAGUUAUGUACUACAGUGCUACAAUUAUCCAAAUGACAGGGGUUAGAAGCCAGUCUACUGCAAUUUGGUUAGCAGCAGUUACUGCUUUUGUCAAUUUUAUAUUCACAUUGGUUGGAGUUUGGCUUGUUGAUAGAAUAGGAAGAAGAAAACUUAUUUUGUCCAGUUUAGCUGGUGUCUUAUUUUCUUUGGUUGUUUUGGCAGUUGGAUUUCAGGUGACUGCUUUGAAUUCUCCACCAGUUACUACAUUUGAAAGUUCAUCAAACAAUUCUGAGUGUUUUCAGUACAGGUCUUGUGAAUCUUGUACAGAUAGUUUGCAAUGUGGAUUUUGUUAUAUAGAAAAGAGCACUUAUUCAGCAGAGAAUGGUUCGUGUCUACCAUAUACGGAUCCUUCUAUGUCAUCAGAAGGACGUUGUAAUAGUACUAAACUCCAAAUUAACCUAGUAUGGGCUGAGAACUACUGUCCAUCACCAUAUUCCAUUUUUGGUCUGAUAGGACUCAUUAUUUAUUUAAUGGCUUUUGCUCCAGGUAUGGGUCCAAUGCCAUGGACUAUCAAUUCAGAAAUAUAUCCAUUGUGGGCAAGAAGUACAUGUACAGCAAUUUCUACAUCAUUCAAUUGGAUAUUUAAUCUGACUGUAUCACUGUCAUUUUUAACUCUGACAGAACAGAUUACUAAGUAUGGAACAUAUUGGUUGUUUGUUGGCAUCGUGAUAAUUGGUUUUAUAAUUAUUUAUGCUGCACUACCAGAAACUAAAGGAAAGAAACUGGAGGAAGUACAAGCUUUGUUUGAAAAGGGAUGGUGUUCAGAUUCACAUUAUGAUCAGCUUAAAAGUUGUAAUGAGACUAUCAUCGAUGCAAAUUAAUGUGAUACCUUGUUCAUAGAAUCAGCCUGACUGAAUAUUGACAUGUUUUAUGUUUCUUUAGUUUCAUGAUUUACUAAAAAGCUAAAGGUGUAUUUUUUCUGCUUGAGGUUGUUAAAAAUGAAGCUUUGAAAUAUUUUGAUACUUGUAAUUAAUUUUAUGUCUGAAAUUGAUGAAGUUCAUAUCUUGUUAAAUCAUCAGUGCAGUGUUAGAUUACAAUGAUAUUUCUGAUGACAAUAGAUAAGCUCUUGUCCAAUGAAAUUUUUCAACGAUAGGACAUUUUCUGCAAUAAUGCUACUGAUAUAAAGCUCAGAAUUUUUUUUUUAAACACAACAUAACAUAGGAUAACAGAAGAUAACGGGAGUUUUGAGUAAUGAUCUGUCUACUGCUAGUUUAUGUACUGCAAAGAGUCGAAAUGAAAAUGACAGAAGCUCAUUAAACCAGUCUAAAUAAAGGAAAAACAUUAAAUUACCCUGUACUGUCUUUAGAUAUACCAUAUUUUAAAGAGUAGAAGAUCUCAAACAGUACUCAUUAAUUUACUAAAAUAGACAGUGAAAAAAAUGACCACAAAAAACAUCAACAAAAAAAAAAAAAACAUAAAAACUUAAAAGCUCUGGAGGGUAUUCUUUCUCAAACACACAACAACCUUUUUGUUUACAUUGUCUUGUUAAAUCCAUCGAAUCUCACAAAUAAAUUUCUACAGGAUUG